AUGAGUGAGGAAGUGAGGAGAAUUCUACUGCAUCGAGGUGAGGGAAGAUUCACAUCUUUACCAGGAAACGAGUACGUGCGUGUUCAGGUGAUUCCUCUUGGCAUAGAACACGCGAUCGACAAAAACCUCCUGAUGAAGAGUUGCUCAGCGAUUUCCGGAUACUCGGAAAGAUCCUAUCGUGAACGCUCUUCAAAUGAAGACUUGUCGAGACAGAUAGCUACCAAUAGCUUCACUGACACGAGAACUCGUGGAAUCUGGGCGAAAUGGGACUAUAAUGGUCUCGUUUGGUCUGGUGCCAGUAGUAUACGUGCUGUGAAAUCGCUUUUUGCCCAGAACUCAGUCGAAGAGCAGCAAUUGUAG